GUUGCUUCGGCUAAUUCGUGCUUUCAAGAGCAUGUCCAAGUCCAAGGAGCUCAUUGUACUGCUAAGUGGGACCAGCAAAGCAGCCAGGACGCUCCUGUGGACCACGCUGUUUCUGUUCUCCAUCAUUUGGUCGGCAGGCGCAUGCACACAGCAGGUCAUUGGCAGAUCACCAGUGUGGAACGGAAGUACGAAUCCGCUACAGGAGUUUGAGCCGUUCACUUCAUUCGACAACCGCGAGUACUUCGGAAACAUCUGGAUGAGUUUCUUGACAAUGUUCCAAGUGGUCACGAAUGCGCAGUGGGCAAACCACGUUGGACGACCAAUAGUUCUGAAGUAUCCUGGACUGGCGAUCUUUUUUGCCUUCUACCUGCUGAUGACCACGUUCGGCUUGGUGACUUGCAUCAUCUCAAACAUCGUGCAGGACUCCCUUGAGUCCUCCAGGGCUUUCGAGAAGGCCUUGAAGGAAAUCGAGCGCGAAAACAGACGUCUUUCUGGCCUCAGAGCUCGACGCCUACUGCUGCUCAUUGAUGAGGAUCCUUUGGUCAUGUCGGCAUCGCUCCGCUUCGUCCUCUUGGGGGCUUCAGCCCUCACGGCCCUUGGCCAGCAGUGUGACUGCAACCAAUGCUCCAACAUCCCAGCAGAUGAUUGGACGUCGCCAUGCUUUGAGAACUGCACCAUUACAGGGGAUCCCCACGUGGAGCACAGUUGGCGGGUGGGCUACGAAGAUGGCUUCGACUUCCAGCCUCAGGGAAUUUGGCGUUUGGCCAAGACGGAGACCUGCGGCGGCACGGUGGAGGUGCAGGCAUUCUUCUGCCAGUACUUCUUCACACGCUUGAGCUCGGCCAUUGCCUAUGCCAUCACGAUCAACGGCGGGGACAAGUACAUCGUGAAGAGAGUGGGUGAGGAAUACGUGAUUGGAAGCCCGAAUGUUGAGAGUGCUACGCUGAAGAUCCUGAAGACGCCUGAGAUCGACCCUGCAGCCGGCGUGAUCAUCGUCAGCGAUGACAGCUGCGUGCGCAUCAAGAUCAACAGUCAGCCUUUGUACGGAGGAGAGAGGAACUUGGCGUUGACCCCGAAUGCCUACUACAACAACAUUGUAAUCAAGAUUUGGGGUUGCGCAAUCACGCAAGAAGGCAUCUGCGGUGCUCAGAAGCUUUCCACCCAGUACAUUGAUCCUCAGAGUGAGGACAACCUCUUCACCACCCCUGAGGAGCCUGACCUUUGGGAGGAUCUCUGUGAGUUCUGCCAAGAGGAUGGGGCUGCCCUGACUCCGCCCGGCUGCCCCGCACCCCCAGGUGGCACAGUUGUACAGCCAGGCUGCGAGUUUCUAAGGCCUUUUGGCAGCCCGAGGGACAGGGAGUGCAUUCCGGAUGAGACCAGCACGGACCCAGAUGUGAUUGCCAACAACGAGCGCAUCAAAGCUCUUGCGAACGACGGUGAGAACUGCGUUGUCUUUGCCAACCUGAACACGCCCAAGUUCCCUAGAAGGAGUUGCCGCGACUGGUGCCAGGACCGCGGUGCCCGUUGCGUGGCCGUGCGUGAUGACCCCUUUGCCGGCCGAUUCCCAAAUGACCAGUCCGUGUGCAACCUCACGGACGCCACUGACCCGGUCAACUUCGUUGAGGGUGAGCCCAAGACGUGCGACACCCGUCUGCGGGAUACCCACUGCGUCUGCCAGAAGCCAGACAACAAUGCGCCGGGCGAGACAGCAGAACUUACCUGCCGCGAUGCCGUGGACCUUUCUGGCUUCAACUUCUCCUUCCUGGAUGCUGCUGACAUCUGCCGCCAGGAGGCGGUGUGGCUGCAAGAAGUGACCUACCCCCAGAAUGGCGAGCAAACGACCUUUGCACAGAGAUUGCUGGUGUACUGUGUUCAAGAUGUUUGCGCGACUGAUCCUGAAGAUCGGCCAGAGGUCGCUCGAAGCUAUGGCGAUCGAGAUCCAAGCUUCCCCCCAAACAAGCCCAACGUUUGCAACGGCCCCUUGCUCUGCAAUCUCAUUUGCACUGCUGGCCUGGUUCAGCCCUACAGCACGUGCAUGGACGUGUGUUCCGGCCACCGAUCUAUGCUCAUUCAUGCCACAGGGCGGUACUGCAAGGCAGGGCUUUGCCCCAGCUUGCUGGAGGAGACGGAGAUAAUGGGCCUUUUGCAGACCCGGCGCUCUGAGAACAAGAGCUCAGUCCUGGAGAUUGCGGACUCCGAGUCGCGCAGGUCUACAAGCUCCCGGUCGCGGAGGUACACGCCGCCUAGCUCCCGUUCUCGAAGGAGCACUAGCUCUCGAAGGUCCAUGUGGUCUUCUCGCAGCCGAAGGUCAACCUCCUCAAGAAGUCGACGCUCAAGCCACUCAAGCCCAAGCUGGUCUCGAAGGUCCAGCUCUUCGCGAAGGUCCAGCUCCUCUCGAAGGUCCACUUCUUCUCGCAGGUCCACUUCUUCUCGAAGGUCCACUUCUUCUCGAAGGUCCACUUCUUCUCGAAGGUCAACCUCGCGAAGGGUGAUCGUCAAGCCCCGCGAUGAUGCUGACGGCGGCCGCCGUCGAAUUGUCAAGCCUGAUGACGACAUUGUCAACCGUCGCCGAAUCGUCAAGGGCGAUGAUGAUGAUGACGGGGGAAGCCGACGCCGCAUCUUCCCAAAAGAUGAUGACAAAAAGGAUGACGACAGGUUCGAUGAUGACGAUAAGCCAAAGUGCGUGGAUCAGAACACAAUGUGCAACAAGAUCUGCUACGGGUUCAAGCUGGAAAAGGCAGAGCUGUACUGGUGCCUGCACAAGUGCCACUCGAAGUUUGUCCACAAGAUCAAGCCUGGAUUGGAUAAUUACUGCACGGAGUGUGGAAAGUACUGCGGGCUUCCUCCGCCUGCCACUACCACGACCACGACUCCCGGUCUCCCUCCAGUUGAUCCAACCUGCCCGUUCUUUACCACAACUACAACCCCGUUCAUUUAUACAACCACGAAGCACCCCAAGGGUGACGAUGACGACGGUGGCCGUCGCCGCCGAAUCUCUCAGGGUGAUGAUGAUGAUGGUGGCCGACGCCGCCGCAUGUCCCAGGGUGACGACGACGAGGGCAGUCGCCGCAGAAUCUCCAAGGGCGAUGAUGACAAUGAUGGCGGCCGCCGUCGCCUGUUUCAGAAGAGGUAA